AUGAACUCAUAAUUACAGUUAAACAAACCAUUCAAACCCAAAGGAGAUAUUGAGGAUGUUCAAAUCAGAGAUCUUUCAGUAUAGUUUAAAGCACAAAAUUAAGUCUGUAAAUUUAAAAGAACUUAAAGAGUCGACUUUAUAUCAACAUUUUACACUGGCAACGUACCUUCAUCAUCUAAAACACCUACCAAAGGAAUACUUAAAUAUUGA